AUGAUUCUACCCCAUAAUGAUCAAUUUCUUGUAGUUAACCCUGAUUUGUAUUGGCCAGAGAACGAACAAGGAGAUAUUAUCCUCGGAUUAUGUGCUCUUGCGCAAAAGAAAAAAGCUUGUUUUGUAGGGUAUAGGGAGACAGUGACAUUGUUGGGAAAGAUUGAAAGGUCAUCUGGUAAUCACAACCGUCAAUUACAAAUUCCUCCAAAAAUUUCUAUAAAUCAUAAGCAAAGCCUACCCAUUUCCACAUAUCAACUCAUUUCGCUCUUUCUUUGCAUUCAUAUUCACAACACAACUUCGUUUGCUUCUUUCCGAUUUCCAGCAUGUCUUCUACCUGUGAUAACUGUGACUGUGCUGACAAAAGCCAGUGCACCAAGAAGCGUAACAGCUUUGGUGUGGAGAUUGUUGAGAAAAACUUCAACAUCAGCUUUGAAUUGGAGAUGGGUGAGAAUGACUGCAAAUGUGGACCAUCCUGCACUUGCACUGGUUGCACCUGCCACAGUGCCUGAUCAUCAUCAUCGUCAUCAUUUAUAAUUCCAUAAUGGAAGUAUACAUCUAGAUCUAAUAUUGUGGACAUACCCACAGCGAGAUCAAUUAACACCAAAUUGAUCUUGUUUGUGGGUUAUCUAUAUAGUUAUAUAGUUUUAUGUGUGUUGCAGCUAUGUAAUAGCUCUUGUAUUCGAAACAAUUUCUAUUAAGAAUAGUCAUAUUUUAUAUUUGAGUA